UUAGUUUUAUCUCGUUGUUUGUAUAGUUUUGAUUGAAUUCAGAUUAGGGUCACUGUGCAAAUUUAGUCAAUCGACUGGUCCAUAGACUGCAAAAUAUAUAUCUAAAAUGUUUAUCAAAAUGGGUUUAUCGAUUAUCGGUUUUUUAAACUGUUAUUUUUAUAUAUAAACCAUCGUGCAAUAGGAAAAUAAUAGGCACUGCGUGAUUAUCUCGUGUUCUCCGAGCACUAGCGGAGUCUGGCUGCUAGAGACACACUAAACAGGGUUGUAGAAGAGUAUAGAGCAAUUCCAGAAAUCGACAAAAGAAAAAAAGGCGAAAUCAGGAUAGGUUUUCUUCGAUUUGCACACGUCUUCAGCAAAGUGGAAGUAUACAGAGUGACAACGUCUCAUCCGUUUACUUUGGAAUGCAGAUCUGGAUAGUUUCAAAAACAUUCGAAUCCAUUACAAGAAAAUCGUAUAAUAUGGAAGAAGCAGUAAAACGAGAGAGUGUGAAUCUGUUUAUCAUGAGUCAAACUCAGAAGUUCAAAAAUAUUCAACAGAACGCUCUAAACUAAUAUAAGACUUAGACAAAAGAGCUAUGGCAUAACCAUCGAUAAUCAUAAUACAAUAUAGCAAAUGUUUAUAUGAAAAAUAAAAUAGGCGAGAAACAAUCAUAUUACUUCAUGAUGAUACAACGAUGUUGAAAUGAAUCAAACGACAUACUUCAAGUAAUACGUGUAUUUUACCGAAUUUUGCAACGAAAGGUCACACGACCUUUUUAGCGUAACUUCAAAGCCUGCUUAUAUCAACUAAGUGUCAAAAUUAGGUCCAAAAAUUGAACACAACAACAUUGAAAAACACCAAUGAUUGUGUGCGGAUCCAGAAUGUGUACAAAAGAAUGUUACAAAGUUUUCGGCUAUUUCUUGGGCUUCAUGUGGAUAGUUACGUCUUUCUACUACACGAUGGAAACGAUCGAACUCCUGAAGCUGAUGAAUCUCCAGUGCAGCAAAGCAAACCCAGCCGCAUUUAUGCAAUUCGAUAAGGAAUUGGUGACUAAAGUAUGUGACUUUUAUGGAAAUUUAGAUGAUUUUAUGCCAUAUCAUAUAAUAACUACUCUAAUCAAGAUGGUUCCAGGAAUGCUGCUCAUCAUAGGAAUAUUCAAGGAGAACCUAACGCUCGUAAAGGUUUUCAUGAUUUAUGCAGUGCUAGAGGAAAUAUUUUUCGUAACAGUUUUCUCCAAAAUUUUCACGCUGAUCGAUAGUGAAGGUAAGAAGAGCUCAUGGAUCUUCUGGAUUUUGGUAUUUUCGUGUGCCAAACUAAUUGUGGCUAUAUGGAUACUGCUUGGAGUGUACGCAUCCCUCGAUGACAAAAGGCGAAUCAUUCCACGAUACAUUUGAAGGACCAUCGGACAAUAAAUUACAGCAACAGCUCGAACAUUACGUUUAAAUCUUUGGACAUACGUUAUAAUAAAUGAUUUAUUUUCAUAUAAAUACAAUUUAACAACAGAUGUGUUAACAAUAUUGCAAAACUGUUGCGUGUAGGAUCGAUUAAU